AUGACUAAUGGUCCUCUACAACCUCUUUGUCGCGGUGCAUUUAUCCUCCUCGAGGGAUGCGAUCGAGCCGGGAAAAGCACGCAAGCUGCAAAACUUGUUCGAAAGCUAAAAGCUCGAGGAUUCCUAGUUGAGCACAUGAGAUUUCCUGAUAGGACAACGCCAAUCGGAAACAUGAUAGACGCGUAUCUAAAGUCGACAAAGGAAUUGGAUGACCAUGCUGUACAUUUGUUAUUUUCGGCAAAUAGAUGGGAGUGCAUGGCAAAAAUGAAAAAGCUUUUGUCAAGUGGUACAUCAAUAGUUGUAGAAAGAUAUGCUUAUUCCGGUGUUACAUUUUCGGCAGCUAAGGGUCUAGAACUUGCUUGGUGUAAAUCACCAGAUAUAGGUCUCCUUGCUCCAGACGUCACACUUUUUCUAGAUUUACCCAUCUGUGAGGCAGGAAAAAGAGAAGGCUUUGGAGAAGAAAGGUACGAGAAUGAAGAUUUCCAAAGGAAUGUUAGAGGUCUAUUUCUGGAUAUGAAGCACGAUAUGACAGUAGGUGAUAUUCAAAAUUACGCUCGGAAGACUAUAGAUGAGAUCCAUGGAGAACUUGUGGCAAGUGCUAUUGAAACUAUUAAAAAAUGCGCCACCUUGCCGCUCAAAGACCUGUGGAAGCCUAAUGACUAA